GCAGGGGAAGAGACGAAGAGUCGAGCCGCUUCUUGCUUUCUUUCUGCUUCGACGAGUUUGGCAAAACCCCCAAGGCCAAAAACCAAUUCCCGACCUAGAAAUCUAGCACGCAGCAGCCCUCGUCCAUCUUCAGUCUCUGCCGGAUGGCCAGGACGGCGCACGGCGGCUCAGGCGCUUAGCACUCGGAGUCUCGGACGACGCACCGGCGACUGCUGCUCUAAUUUCUCUUUGGUAGACGGCGCACUCGGUCAUUGUUGACUUCUAUUCGCCAGGUUGUGGUGGUUGCAAGGCUUUGCAUAAUUGCAUCCUAAGAUUCAAUUGGCUGAAGCAAAUCAGAGUGCAAUUUUUCUGAAGGUCAACUACGAAGAAAACAAGGCUAUGUGCCUGAUUCUUGAGAAGUGAGAAGGCCGCCUAAGUCCUAAAUUCAAGACGGGAUGCCCUCUUUUGACGAUGGGUGUAAUUUGAGGGAAAGGUUGAAGCUUAAAAGGCCAUAGACAUUAGACACUACCUUACAUUACAUUUCUUUGAGUAUCCGGUGUAUAAAAACUGCUUUGGUUGUAAGGUUAUAGAGAAAAAGAAUGGAAGGGCUUGUGGUGGACAGGCAUGUUAAAUACAUUAUAUCAGUUGAAAAGAGGAAAGAUGAUUUCGAAUCCGUGGUGAUGGAACAUCUAAGAUUAAAUGGAGCUUACUGGGGAUUGACAACGCUUGAUAUCCUAGGAAAGAUUGAUGUAGUGGACCGAGAUGAGGUUAUUCCUUGGAUCAUGCAGUGUCAAGAUGAAUCUGGUGGAUUUGGUGGUAACAUUGGACACGACCCACAUGUCUUGUAUACCCUUAGUGCCAUCCAAGUUUUAGCGCUUUUUAAUAAGCUUGAUGUUCUUGACACUGGCAAGGUUUCAAAAUAUAUUGCCAACCUGCAAAAUGAAGAUGGUUCAUUUUCUGGUGACAUGUGGGGUGAAGUUGAUACAAGGUUCUCUUACAUUGCAAUAAGUUCUCUUGCACUGUUGCAACGCUUGGAUGCAAUUGAUGUGGAAAAGGCAGUACAGUACAUUUUAAGUUGCAAGAAUAUGGAUGGUGGAUUUGGUUGCACACCUGGGGCAGAGUCGCAUGCUGGACAAAUUUUUUGUUGUGUAGGAGCUCUUGCAAUAACGGGCUCUUUGCAUCAUGUUGACAAAGAUCUCCUUGGCUGGUGGUUAUGUGAAAGACAAGUAAAAUCUGGAGGUCUCAAUGGCCGCCCUGAGAAGCUUCCUGAUGUCUGCUACUCUUGGUGGGUUCUUUCAAGUUUAAUUAUGAUAGACAGAGUUCACUGGAUUGACAAGGAGAAGCUUGUAAAAUUUAUUUUGGACUGUCAAGAUAUAGAAAACGGUGGAAUUUCAGAUAGGCCAGAUGAUGCAGUUGAUGUUUUCCAUACCUAUUUUGGGGUUGCUGGACUUUCACUCUUGGAAUAUCCGGGACUCAAAGCUAUAGAUCCAGCAUAUGCUCUUCCUGUUGAUGUUGUUAAUAGAAUCAUCUAUCACAAGUAAUGGGUUGGCUUACCAUCGUCUUAUUCCUGCAAUGCUGAGUGUUGAUGAAUUUUCAUUGACAUCAACUUUAAGUGGAUUGAAUUAUGUGGUUAAAGGGAUGUGUUUUGAUAACCUCAUGCAGAGAUGCUUUUAUCCCUUGGAAUUUCACAUUUGCUUUAGUUCUGUGAG